AUUCUUGAGUGCGCAUGCGUAAUUUUGAUUUCUUCUAGGAAUAAUAAUAAACAGUUUAUAAAAUCUAUCUUGAAGAAUACGGCCCAAAAUGGAAAUGACAACCGCAAAAACAAUAGCCGUUUUUGCUGUAAUUGUUGGUUGCUUUGCCGUUUUAUAUCCCAAAAUAUUCCAUCCAAUGUUAAUGCAUGCUCUUGGAAUGGAAUCUAAGAAAUCAGCAUCUGAUCCUUUCUUAAAUAGAGUUCCUCCUCAUCUGCGCCGUCCGACAACUAAUUCCAGAGGUGGAAUGGAUGAUCAAACAGUCAGGCAUAUGAAAGCCGGAGUUCAUCCAGGUAUGAGAGCAGCAGCUGAAAUGCACAAGCAAACAGCUUCGCAAGGAGGUGGGGGAGGGGGUAAAGGCUUAAUGAGCAUUGUUCUUCCUCUCUAUGCUGUUGGUAUUGUUAUAUACCUAAUUUACACAUUAUCAAAAGUUUUCGGAAAGAAGGAUGUCAGGGAUACUGAGGGAAUUGAAGAUUCAGGUUCUCGUCACAUUCGAAAAGGCAAGGAACCAAAAGCACCACCUCCAAAAAAUGUUAAGAAAAAGCAAUUGGAGAAAUUAUUAAUAAAAGUCGAUGACAAUGAAGUAACCGAUGUGGAAAUGAAAGAACUUCGUCAAAGGCUGUUGGAAACGGAAAAACAAAUGACUAAGAUUCUACAAGCUAUGCAACAAGUUCAACAAAAAGUAGGAGUGGAUAAUGUCGAAGAUGUCUUAGCUAAAUGUGCUGAGACAGUAAAUGAUGUAAAACAACAAGUCAGGGGUAAAAAAAAAUCUCGGAUCAUAGACGAUCUUUCCGAAGAGGAAGAUAUGAUAGAAGAGGAAAAGAGUGAAGAUGAAGAAGAUGAAGAUCUACAAGAGGAGGAGAUAGAUGAAGAAUCAGACAGUGAAGAUAAGGAAUCUGCUAAUAAGGAUUACCCUAGUGAUAUUUCUGAAUCAGACAAUGAAAGUGAUACAGUGGAGGAGAUAAAAUUACCUAAGAAGACUCAAAAAACUGUUAAAGAGACCAAAGAGCUCAGAAAAAGAAGAGUACAGAGAGAAUCGUGA